GAAUUAUAAUUUUUGCUACAGGACAGUGUAAUUUUUGACUAUAGGACAGUGUUCAUUUAAAAUAUAAGUAAUGCUAGAGUUGUUAUCUAAAAUCGUUAACUUUAUAUCAGGAGGAGUUUUUGGGCAUGUCUUAGUGCAAAUUAAUAACCUUAAAAAAGAAGAUUUGCAAAAUCAUGUUGAUGAAGAGUCACAGUCAGAGAUUAAUGAUAAAAAUGAAAAUAUUUAUAGUUCAUUUGAAGGAGUAGUUACAAGUUACUUUAACAACCGUGGUUUAAUAAACAAUGAAAUAUAUUUUACACAGAAUGUUGUCUUGGGAAACGAGCAACCAAAAGUUGGAGACAAUGUAUCUGUUGAGGCAACACGUCUUCAUAGUGAUGGCGGUUGGAUAGCUAAAAGAGUUCAAAUUUUAAAUUUAUGGGGUUCAGUUUUUGAUGACAAUGCAAAUAAACCAGAAAAAGAACUAUAUGUUGGUUCAGUAACAUCAGUUGAUAAUAAUAAAGUUACACUUUUUGUAAAUUCAGAAUUUUAUUUAACUCCAAGAAAAUUUAAAAUUGGUUACAAACCCUUUAUUGGUGAUUGGGUGCAAAUUGAAGUAUGGAGGCAGUCAAUUGAAAGUAAUUUUUUAAUUUCUGACGAAAAUGUCAUAUGCGUUUCACCUUUAAGAGAAAAACGAGUCCAUGGAACUGUUACUGAAUUGCUCAGAGGUUAUGGAUUUAUAAAUGAAACUUUAUAUUUUUCAUUUUCUGUUUGUGAGCGUGGUGUUUAUUUAAAUAUUGGUGAUAGUGUUGUUGCAGAUAUUAUAGAAUCAAAGCAGCGACGGGAUGAGUGGAGAGCAACUUAUGUUUCACGCAAGGUUACUGUUAAAAAAAAUAUUGAAAAGAAUGAAAACUUAACAAAUAUAGAUAAUAAACCUAUAUCUGAUAUUUCUAUAAGUGAUGAUCUUAAUUUUGGCAGUAUACAAUUAAAUUGUAAACGUUCUAUUGAAAUAUCUAUAAGUAAUACAGGAAAAGAGGCAAGAAUUUUUUCAAAUAUUGAACAGUUUAAAAAAGUGCAAGGAUUUUUUUGCAAUCUAUCUCAAAAUAAAUCAGAUUCUGCUUUACAACCUGUACAAACAAUACUUCCUGAAGAAAGAAAACUGCUAAAUGUAGAAUUCACUCCACAAAACUUGGGAAAAGUGGAAAUUUUUCUUGUUUUCCACUUUGUUGGUUUUGAUGUUUCACACACAAUUGGAGCAAAUGUUGUUGAUCAGUUAGAAGAAGGUUUGAAGUGUAAAACACCUUUUGUAAAUCAACCAACAUUUUUUGGAAAAAAAAUCAACACACGGAGUAGUAAAUCAACACUUGUACCAGGACAGAAGCCUUUAAGAAAAACAAAAAUAUUUCUACCCAACAAGCUUGCACAAUAUCCUAUUCCUUCAUAUAUAAAAGAUUGUGUUUUAAAUUCAAGUGGAAACCUAGAAAAACUCAUACCUGAGAUAUCACAGCCACUGCACAUCAGCAAUUAUAGAAAAAAAUUCUCAAGCCUUCUUUAUAUAGAAGAAAUUCAUAAAGAUGAAGAAAUGAAAGAGUUUGACUUAGAGAUGGUAAUUUUGCGUCCUGCUGGAGAGUAUUUAUCAUUAAAUGUCCCUGGACUAGCUGAAGGUCGACCUUCACUUUUACUUGGGGAUAGAGUUAUUGUUUUUUUUCAUUCAAAAGGCCAGCAAUCUCCUAGUUAUGAAGGAUAUAUACACCAAGUGCGUGCAGAAGAUGUGUUGUUAAAGUUUAGUGAAGAGUUUCACAAUAUGUAUUGCAAUGAUGACUUGGAUGUUGAAUUUUAUUUUAAUAGAACACCAUUGAGAAGAUUUCAUCAAGCCAUUGAAUUUGCAAUUCAUCUUGGAGAAGAAGUUCUAUUUCCUGUUAAUGUUGAGAAGAAAUAUCCAUUAGUUGAUUUUUCAAAAACUGCUUUUAAACCUUUUAACAAAACAUUGAAUAAGCGACAAAUAGAUGCUGUUCAAAGAAUCGUUGCAGGUUGUGGACGGCCAUUGCCAUACAUUUUAUUUGGUCCUCCAGGAACUGGAAAAUCAGUGACAGUUGUAGAAUCAGUUCUACAGAUCUUUACAAAAAUCAAACACAGUAGAAUUCUUGUUUGUGCACCUUCCAACUCUGCUGCAGAUCUAAUUGUUGAAAGACUUCAUAACAGUGGUGUUUUAAACAAAAGUGAUAUGGUUCGGUUAUGUGCCUUUCAACGUAGUAUGCUAAAUCUUCCUGAAUGUAUUGUGCAAUAUUAUGUUAAUGAUUCUGAUAACAUAAGUUAUGCAAUUCGUCUUAGAAUCAUAGUAACAACAUGCAGCAUGGCUGGCUUCUUGUAUUCAUUUAAUUUAAAGUCUGGCCAUUUUACCCAUAUUUUUGUAGAUGAGGCUGGACAAGCAACAGAACCCGAAUGUUUGGUUCCAGUAGGUUUUGCUGCAGGUUGUGAUGAAUCACAAAUUGUAUUAGCAGGUGAUCCCUUUCAACUAGGUGCAGUACUUCGUUCAGAUGUUGCAAAUGAAUAUGGACUUGGAAUAUCUUACUUAGAGCGCUUGACUUUUUUAAAACUUUAUGAAAGAAAUGAAAAAGACUAUUUUGACGUUGGUGGGUAUAAUCCUCUUGUAAUUACAAAGUUGGUAAAUAAUUAUAGAUCCCAUGCUUCAUUGCUUCGUCUAUCUUCCAACAUAUUUUAUAAUCGUGAACUUAUACCAUGCGCUGAUGAAAGAAAAGUUAAUAAGUUUGUUGGGGCUUUUUUUCUUCCAAAUAAAGAAGUUCCUUUUGUUUUUCAUGGUGUCAGGGGAGAAGAUUUUCGAGAAGGAAAUAGUCCUUCUUAUUUUAAUCCUGCUGAAGCUGUGCAGGUACUUAAGUAUGUCCAAAUUAUCAUGGGCGAACAAUGUUUACAACAAGAUGAUAUUGGAAUUAUCACACCCUACAAAAAACAGGUGGAAAAAAUUCGCGCUCUAUUAGACCAGUUUGACCUUAACGAUAUUAAGGUUGGAUCAGUCGAAGAGUUUCAAGGACAGGAAAGAGAGUGCAUCAUUAUUUCUACAGUUCGUUCAAAAGAAGAUUUAGUUGAUUUUGACAUUCGUCAUAAUAUAGGUUUUCUUAGCAAUCCUAAACGUUUUAAUGUAGCUAUUACUCGAUCACAGUCACUGCUUAUUAUUGUUGGCAAUCCUAUUGUUCUUUGUUAUGAUGCACAUUGGUGUGCAAUGCUUCAGUAUGCAGUUAUUAAUAGUUGUUAUUGUGGUGUUGAUUUACCUUCUCUACAAAAUUCUCUUAUUCAGGAGAACUUUAAACAAGCAGCAUUGUUGCUUGGUAUUGAAUCGAAAAGACCUUUGUCCUCAAAUUUGUCGAAUGAAGUUACAGUUUCAUCUUCUAACAUUUCUAAUGAAAAUGAAGUUUUAUCCUCUGAUAGUUAUAAGCCCAAUGUAUCGUUUGGUUGUUCUAUUGAGCCAAUCCUGAAAAAACCUAUCUAUGUAGAGCCCAAAUUUGAAAAAUUAAAUGAUUCAAUAAACUCCGAAAUCCAGGAAUCUGGAAUCCAGCUACAUGAAUUUUCACCUGGAAAACGAUCUAAUGCUUUAUUACAAUCUAUUAAAAAAAAAAGUUGCUAAUUAUUAUGUUAAAAAUAUUUUAAGAUCAUUUGAAGUCACUAAUUAUAUUGAUUUUUAUAAUUUCAAAGUGUAAUACAUUGAUAAUUAUUAUGUUACAUUAAUAGUUUUUAUUUGCUAAUAUUAAAGUUUAGUUUAUAUUA